UUUUUAGAGUAUUACAAUCUUUUUUUUUUUUUUUUUUUUGUCGUUUAUUUAUUAUUGAGAGACACAGCAUGAGCAUGGGAGGGGCAGAGACAGGAGGAGACACAGGAUGCGAAGCAGGCUCCAGGCUCUGAGCUGUCAGCACAGAGCCCGACACUGGGCUCGAACUCACAAACUGCGAGAUCAUGACCCAAGCUGAAGCUGGACGCUUCACCGACUGAGCCGCCCAGGCGCUCCUAAAGUAUUACGAUCUAUCGUAGUCAUUACUCUCUGGAUUUCGUGUCAUGCUGCAUUUUGCCACUGGGACCCCUCCCUGCAUUCUGGCAUUGGAGGUAGUCUCUGCUCAUCUUGUAGCUCCUGGACCCCAGACUGCAAUCAGCCAUUGUUUCGCUAUCCUGGGUCCCUUCCUUGGGUAUGACAUUUAAAAACUGAGAAGCUAAUCACUCUUAAGACUCAUGAAUCCUGCUUUGUGGGCUAGAGAAGCGACGUAAACUGUACAGAACGCACAACUAUAUCCACACAGACCCGCCUCUGUAGGAAGUACUAAGUUAAUGCUUCCAAAGUGCACAAAGUGCAGCAACUGUAUUUGCUGUCCCAUCACUCUUGGGUUUCCAAGGAGUCUGAAUGCACAGGUCUGAAUGCACUUAGAUGAAAUCCCCUGAAGCCACUGAGAGAUCACGGCACGUGGUCCGGAAGAGGUGGAAAUAAACGCACUACAGUUGACAGGCUGCAGACACAGCCACCCAAGCACACCUAUCCUCGGUUCCCGCAAGCACCCUCUUUUCCGAGUGUGUGCCAACGUGGCCUCGGCGUCCCCUGUAACCACACCGGCCCACCUUCCUGCCUGAUGGUUCCGGUCUUGAAGACACAGAGACACUAUGACCACAACCUACACCUGGGCUCUCAGGCUUGAGACCUCCCACCAGAACAUCCCAUGUGGCACCAAGGAGGACAAGAGUGAGUUCCACACGUCUUACGAGGACGAGGCUUCUCACGACCAGGGACUAGGGCAACAGAACUGACCACGUGCAUCUUCUCCCCAGAAAAGCAACAGGAGCUCUGCGUGUGCUUGCCACAAAUGGCCGAGUCCAGCUGACCGCUAAGCAUAAUUUGUAGGUCAUGGGAAACAGAGGGACAGGUAAGGAGACAGCAGGCGCAGACAACCAGACAAACCCAGAACGUAGAACAUUGCAUAACGUAACCGGCCUUCCCAAAGUCACUAUCAUGGGGGAAAACAAACGAUGCGACUGGAGGAAGGGGUGAAGCUUUCUGAUUUACAGCAGGGUAAAGGCACAUAAAACUACCAUGUGGAACCCAGCUUGGAAAACACUAGAGUAUUCUCAGCUGGACCAUCGUCCCUUCUAUGUUCUAAUACAAUCAUUACUGAGAAGUCUUUUUUUUUUUUCUUUUCUAAACACAAACUGUCUGCUUGAUAAAAAUACUCUGUCCUGCUUCAGAAAACAUGUUUAUUGCUCUCGUAUUUCUUCCCCUGGUGUGGAAUGUCCGUUUUUCUUCGCUCCUUCCCGCACUUGACAUACAUUCUCCAGGUGACUUCAGUUGAAAGUACUUUCUGUCUCUACCAUGCCCCUGCCAUGCUUAGCAGCCAGUUACGCACAGAGUCCACUCACCACGUUUUAUGUCCCAUCGGGACACUGAGACUAAGAGUAGGGGCUUGCUUGAAUCCCACACAGCACCUGGCACCAGACAAGGAUGGGAAUGUGAGCAGACAGGGAUGAGUGGACGCACGGGUCCGGAAUGCACGGGUGCACCACGGGGAGUGCUGAGAUUAAGUACAACUACAUAAAAGGGACGAUUCAGCUCCUCAGUGAAGUAGCGACAUUUGAGGCCCCUGGGUACCACGUGUGCUUCCUGUUCACAGGGCAGACAUACAACAUUCCCAGGUGACAGGCGGCUGGUGACGGCUUCAUGGACCAUGCUGGCCUAGGGAGGAGAGAUGCGCAAAGUUCUCAUCAAAGACACCCCGCUUUUCCUACAGAUAAGGGGGGAGGGCGGGAUCUCAAGACAUGAGAGGGAGGGAAGCCUGAUGCUUAUUUUGACUCUUGCCCAGGUCUCACAGAAGCUCCCAUGUGCAAACCACGAUUUUGCUCUUGUCUGAUUUCGGGUACAGACAGGACAGUCUACGGCCGCGUGCACAAGGUUUGGUUGGCUCCUGUGUCUCUCCCUGACCAGCCACAUGAUGUGUGAGAUUUUCAAGUACAGCAUCACUGAUCACAAAGGGGCGUAUGCCAUGACCUUGCUCCUAGACCUAGCAGCAAAAGAGAAUCAAAGGCCGCCAACGGCCCAAGCCAGGACCACCAGCAAUGCCAACGAAACCACCCUGCAGGCAGGGGUGUGAGGACGUGACCACCCUCUGCCCACACAGGGGCCCUCUCCGCACAGACACUCUGCCCACUGAGACUUAGCUACUGACUACAGACGUCACGGGGAAUUCUGGGUGUGAGGGAGCCAGAGCACAGGGAAGGUGAUGUACCUACCCGAGGCUCAGAACAUAUGCCAAGAAGCACUAGAAUAGCUGUCCACCUCUACAGAGCUGGCGGGGGAUGGGGGGAGGACGUGUUACGAUUAGUGCGAUUAGUACGUUUUCAACAAAACUCUCCAUACACGUCCUGAGGGCAACUUUAACCAGAGACAUCUGCACCAAACAGCCAAGAUUGCCCCCACCUAUUUUAACACAAUUAGGUGAAAGUUCUCACAAAUCAAAUGCUCUAAUUACUAGUCACAGGUACUCAUGCAGACUUGACGUAGGAAACUCAUUUUUAAGUGCAAUCCACUGUGUAGGACGCUUUUCUAUUUUCCAGUUACAGGCUGUGUCUCAAUGCUUUUUCAAAUGCCUCCUCCCUAGGUGUGACCAGGCGUCUUUGUAAUGAGUGCUUUGAGGACACUUCUUGGGGGCAUCAUUUCCCUUGCUGUUUUACACGGCAUUAAAAAACCAGGGACCCUGACUGGUACGUAAAUCACGGGAAUUUAAAAAGAAAAGAAUCAGAGUGAACGGCAAAUCAUCAGAAAGACAAAAGGGGCCAAAAGAUCGCCCAACACACUGCUUUUCCAGAAGAAAGGAGGAAAAGAGCAGAAACGGCUUUGUGACAAAGUGUGAGUGCUGUCCUCCCUCAAUGAUGACAGUCUGUGAAGCCGCAAACACACACAGUGCGGGGCUGAGCGAUGCAGGAGAAGGCAAGGACAGGGCAGGGCCCAGCCGCACUCACAGGGAUUGGCUGAAUGUUUCCGUCCUACUGCCAGCUGGACAAAAGUCUGUUAUCAGCAGGAUUCUGCAAUCUGGAUCUCAAUCCCUUCUCAAUUAUUCUAGAAACAGGAGCAGCUGUGGUGGGCGACCAACGACCACCUCUAAGCACAAAUUUUAGGUUGACGCGUUUGACCACUAACACCAGGCACAAACUUGAGGAGGACACAGUUCAGAUCUACUAGAAAGUACCACCGAUGGGGACAGUUUAGCAGCAUCGGCCCAUACUUGGUUUGCUUUGUUAGCAAUGGCCAGUAUUCUCCAACAUGGUCUAGAGUCCACUCUUCCCAAAGGGUCCUUCCCCAGACCCCCAACAGCAUCUUAUUCCAAAGGGAGAUACUCAGAGUCUGCGCUGCCUUGGGCGUGGGCUCUCCUCAGCUGCAAGGCCUUGGACUGCCCUCUGGACUUCAGCUGACUUCUCUGCAAGGACAGAAGGAACCCAAGUUUCACCUAGCAAGGAGAGCUAAAGCCUGAGCACGUGCGGUCAGCUCCCAGGGGAGCAGGGCAGAAAGAAUGUGAACGUACCAGAGCACGGCUGCCCCCACACCCAGCACGAGACCCCAGGGCACACAGCCAAGGGGGGAGGUUCCAAAAUGUAGAGCAUGCAUGCGAUGAUUAUCUCCAGCCAGCCAACAGGGAUGCGUGUGCGUAGGGAGGCAUCUUGACAAUGCUUCGUUCGGCCCUACCUUCCUGAGGAAGUGUCACAACCCCGAUAGUGUCCAGAUGAUAGGGCACCACUGAGAUAAGAAGCUCCGGUCUCCACUUAAAAAAAAUCUCAUACGUGUUACGCAGGUCAGUUGGUCAUGUGUGUUUUUAGCGUUGCUGUGGGACAUUUUAUGCAGGACCUAUUUCUACGAGCACUGCUCUGCACAGCAAAUUUCCUGUUUGCUAAAAACGACAGGCUUCCCCCCCCCCCCGCCCCCCACUUUGCUCCUAAUUUCAGUUUUUUACAAACCGGAUAAUCUUCCCCAUCCAGAAGGCGAGACACCAUUGAAUACCUGUCAUCUUCCUUCAAAAUCUUGUCGUGGUUGAUAAACAAUUUCAGUCCCUUCUCCUCUUUCUCUAAAUGGCAUCUGAGAGACAAAAUUAUUACCUAGAUCAUAGUUGAUUAUUACCUUGUGUCAACAAAAACAGAAUCCAAACGUGUCGUUUCUAUUGCAAAGGACAACAGUGUCAUACAUCUCAAACGUCCGAAAUAGUACCUCGGUGUGGUCAACCUUUCCACAAAAAUUUCUAUUUACUUCCUCAUUCUCCUCUGAUUAAACAAGCCUCCCCGCAGAUAUCAGCAUUGCCUCCUGAAACUAAUUGUUUUGAACCGCAUUUCCCUGAGCACAGCAGUACAAGAGGCUAGGCUGACAAAUGGAACUUGCAGGGGAAAAUGCAUUCACCGUGCUAACAAACCUACUGCAAAAGGACUCGUUACAAAUGGACAGCACAGGGGCGCCUGGGUGGCGCAGUCGGUUAAGCGUCCGACUUCAGCCAGGUCACGAUCUCGCGGUCCGUGAGUUCGAGCCCCGCGUCAGGCUCUGGGCUGAUGGCUCAGAGCCUGGAGCCUGUUUCCGAUUCUGUGUCUCCCUCUCUCUGCCUCUCCCCCGUUCGUGCUCUGUCUCUCUCUGUCCCAAAAAUAAAUAAACGUUGAAAAAAAAAAAAUUUUUUUUAAAUAAAAAAAAAAAAAACAAAUGGACAGCACAGUGUGCUGCAAACAGCAGACAGACUGAAUGAACUACACCAGCAUAACUGACCAGACCGCACGAGACAGAGCAGUACAUUUUGGAAAGCAGUGUCUUCUACGAGACAUUUUGUAAAAAGAACGGAACGAGUGAAUUUCUGAGGAAGUUCUGCAAAGCCUUACUUACUACCUCAAACCAGAGUGAAAUCUGAAAGAAGGGGCAGACACUAAGAGGGAAAAAAAACCAAAAGGGGCCAUGUCUUAUCUUCCCAAAGGACACUAAUCCUUGCUUCUCUGAGCAGUUCAGAGGCUUGGAUGACAGUUGCAAAGGGCAAACCAUUUCGUGUAACUUCUCCUGCAGGUCUCGUGACAGAAGCCACAUUCCUGGCUUCAGGGAGCAGCUCUGUAUGCAUCGGGAAUCAGACGUAAGCAUGCAGCUCAUUUAGAAAUUUAACAAAUUACAUUUUAACGAGACCUCUCAGUUUGCAUUAAUAUUCAUGAGACUCCCAGAACAGUUCUUUGGGCCUUUCAUUAGACGAUAAGGAAUUUAUUUGACAACUUAACUUCUUGACCACCUGAGCAGGAAAAGUCCUGUCUACCAACGAUACUUAUGAAUCCCAGAAGGUUUCUGAAAUGGAGUCAUUUCAGAUUUAGGAGCUACAUGCACUGUUCUCUGCAAUUGGUGACCUCUAUGGGGAUUUACUUAUUUAUUUUAUACAUUUACGGGAAUUAAUCUGGUUUCAAAGUGCCUGUUUCUAUUCUGUGGCUUAAAAAAAAAAAAAAAUCAGUCUUAUUACUACUGAAUCACCUAGCAAUAAGACCAGUGCAGAGGGCGAGGAGGGGUGCGGGGGGAGGAAGGACGUCAUACUCGCCUUUUAAGAUGAACACAUCAUUUAUAUUUAGAAUCAGAUCAAUCUGGAAUCAUUCCUCAGCUUUGUUCCUUAUCGGCUGUGUGACCUUGGGCAAGUGACUUAACCUCUCUGAGUUGUAUUGUUUAUUAGUGAAUGCACAUAUCCUCCUCUACAGGUUCUAGGCUAGGAGCCCCUUAAUGUAUGCACACCUCCACCAGGUCAGCAGCCCACGUAAAUUAUGCAGGCAUUUUUACAGUUCUGUGAGGGCUUCUGGAGGCUAUGAGGUCAGAACACAGUAACUUAAUACUGUUAUGCAACAGGAUGUGGAGGCUUUGGGUAGCCCUCAGGAAAGUUCUCUCCGCAUUUACGCACUGGGUGUUUGUCUUCUCUAAAUUCUACCUGAACUUUUCACGGCAGGUGAACUUCCUGAUGAGCAUGGAUUUCUCAGUCGAACCCCAGAGAGAGCACGUUGUGGAAGGAUUGAUAAUCCCUGUGCUUUAACCAACUUUCAGGCCCUUGGGCUCAAAAGCACGGUGGGGUGGAGUUCUUGCACAGCCAAGCCCCUCCCCAAGUCAUGCCGGAGCCACAGGUCACUCCAGGCAGCCAGGCCACUUAAGAGCACUCGUCCGCCUCCGCAGUCCGGGCAUUUCAGGCUGGAUAAUGUGUCGUGGCGUGGGGCACUCCGGUGCACCGCGGGAGCCCCAACAGCACACCCGGCCUUUAGCCGCCCCCCCGAUUCCAGCAACAUCCCCCUCUACCUAGGUGCCCCCCAACGCCUCCAGACGUUCCGGUUUGAGGACCCCUGCCCCGUGGGACGCUACAAGCAAGGUGCGUGCACCUCGGCGCCCACGCCGACGGCCCCCAGGAGGGCCGGCAGGGACCCACCAGGCUGAUGCGCACGUGGGGAAACUGAGGCAGGGCGGCGCUCCCGGCAAGCACAGCGGGAAGGACCCUUCACUCCCGCGCGGUGGUCUCCAAGCGCCGCCCCCACGCGCGCUGCCCCCCGCCCCCCCCGCACACGCACUCAGUCCCCUCGCGCGGCGCGGCCACCGGAAGUAGUGCCCCGGGCGGCGUCGACACUGCAGCCCCGCGCGCGGCCGGCCAGACAUGGCCCCGGCGCUCCCGCCGCCGCUGCCCGCCUGGGGGUCCCAGACUCGGCCCCGCCGCCGCCCUCGGGCCUGAAAGCCUGCGCCCCCCCUACUCCCACCGCCCGCGUCCUCCCGGGACACCCCUCGCGGGUGGCGGCCGCAGACUACCCACCAAGAAGGAGGCCGUCCAUGUCAAAGAGCAGGAUGAGCCUGGUGCCCCUCAUCCGUGUCUGCUGAGGGCCCCUCACAUCAGUGUGCCCGCACAUGAUGCUGUCAGGAAGCUCAGAUCCUUGAGGACAACUACCCAAGACGGUCUUCCGUUGCUACAGGGAGGAUGAGGAUUCGCCUGGUCCUGCUGUCAUUCCUGAGUGUGGCCCAGAGCCAUGCAGCCACAAGGCCCAACCUGGUCCUCCUGCUGGCUGACGACCUUGGCAUCGGAGAUCUUGGGUGCUAUGGAAACAAGACCCUCAGGACUCCCAAUAUUGACCGGUUGGCUGAAGGGGGCGUGAAGCUCACACAGCACCUGGCGGCAUCACCCCUGUGCACCCCGAGUAGGGCAGCCUUCAUGACAGGCCGCUACCCCAUCCGAUCAGGAAUGGCAUCUGAGUUCCUCGUGGGUGUGUAUCUCUUCUCGGCCUCAUCUGGAGGACUUCCCACCAGCGAGAUCACGUUUGCCAAGCUUCUCAAGGGUCAAGGCUAUUCAACAGCUCUCAUAGGGAAGUGGCACCUUGGGACGAACUGUCACAACAAAAGCGACUUUUGUCACCACCCGUUGAGCCACGGCUUUGAUUAUUUCCAUGGGAUCCCUGUGACCAACCUAAGGGACUGCAAGCCCGGAGAAGGCAGUGUGUUCACCAGCGGUAUCAGGCUGCUGGUGUUCAUCCCUCUUCAGAUCAUAGCGGUCACUCUCCUCACCAUGGUGGUGCUCAAGUACCUGGGGCUGGUCCGUGUGCCCCCUCUGGUCUUCUUCGGCCUUCUCUGCCUGGCCGCCAUGAUACUGGGCCUUCUGGUGUGCUUCCUGCAUUACUUCCGGCCCCUGAACUGCUUCCUGAUGAGGAACCACGAGAUCACCCAGCAGCCUCUAUCCUACGACAACCUCAUGCAGAGGCUGGUGGCAGACGCGGCCCAGUUCAUUCGACGGAAUGCCGAGAAGCCAUUCCUGCUGGUCCUGUCGUACCUUCACGUGCACACAGCCCUGUUCUCUUCCAAGGACUUUGCCGGAAAAAGCAAACACGGAGCUUACGGGGACGCCGUGGAGGAAAUGGACUGGAGCGUUGGGCAGAUCUUGAAGGUCCUAGAUGAGCUGAAACUGGCUAAUAACACCCUCAUCUACUUCAGUUCGGACCAAGGAGCACAUGUGGAAGAGGUGACCCCUAAAGGAGAAGUUCACGGAGGAAGUAACGGAAUCUAUAAAGGGGGAAAAGGAAACAACUGGGAAGGGGGUGUCCGGGUUCCUGGCAUUCUUCGGUGGCCGGGAGUGAUACAGGCUGGACUAGAGAUUGACGAGCCAACAAGCAACAUGGACGUGUUUCCGACGGUGGCCACACUGGCGGGGGCUCCGUUGCCUGAGGACAGAAUCAUUGAUGGACGUGACCUGAUGCCCCUGCUUCAAGGGAAAACCCAACACUCCGAUCACGAGUUUCUCUUCCAUUACUGCAACUUCUACUUAAAUGCCGUGCGCUGGCAUCCUCGGAACAGCACGUCUAUCUGGAAGGCCUUCUUCUUCACGCCCAAGUUCAGCCCCGAGGGCGCCAACGGCUGCUUUUCCACACACGUGUGUUUCUGCCACGGGCAUUCUGUCAGCUACCAUCAGCCACCGUUGCUGUUUGAUAUUUCCAAAGACCCCACAGAGAGAAACCCAGUGACGGCAGCGACCGAGCCCCGGUUCCAGGAGGUCCUCGACACCAUGCAGCAGGCAGUAGACCGUCACACCAAGACCCUGAAGGCGGUCCCCAAUCAGUUGUCACUGGGCAACAUUGUCUGGAAGCCGUGGCUUCAGAUGUGUUGCUCACCGUCAGGCCUGUCUUGCCAGUGUGACCGAGAAAAACAGGCCAGGAGAGCAAGCCACUAGCUGUACGUCCGGGGUGACCCUGGGCAGCCCCAGCCCUGUGGGAGCCUCGCACUCUGGUGCGUUGGCCGCCAUGAUUCCCCUAGCCCCCAAAACAAGGGGAUAACACUGAAAAAGCAAUUAGUAAGUCUUCACAUACGCAACUUACAAUGAGCAAAGGGCCAUGAAGUACAUGGCACGAAGUUGCAGUUGGGCUCGUGGAAGGCAAUCAUUCUCGGUAUUAUUUAGAACACAUAUCAAAUGCUAUUCGUGAUAGAUGUACUUACAUACUCACAGUUCAUUUCUUUCCUUGAGCAACCUGAGAUACUUAAACUAGGAAGCUAGAAGCUGAUCACUUUUGAAGUAAAAGCAGGAGAGGCUCACAGAUGGAUAUGUAUCGUUCAACAGACUUUCUGGGAAAUCCUUCCUUCAGGAGCAAUAAUCCCAAAACAAAUCUCUCCCGAAGGGAUUUCCGUUUUAUAAUUUAUAGUAUUAUAUUUGGGUUUUACUGAUUCUUCGGUGAAUGGAAAUUCUGAAAUAAAGGCUACCUCGGGGUGGGGUGGGGGGCGGUGGGGCUGGAGUGAAAGGAAUCCAUCCCAACGUGAUGCAGAAUUAUUGGCAUGGCACGUGGAUGAUUUGCGGGCAAAGCAUUCGUAAGCAAUCCAUGAUCCACACAUGAUGCUGUGAUGUGUUUCGUGGUUGCAGGAUUUACUGAUGAGACCAGAGGAGUUAAUGUAAGCCCUUUUGUUUUGUGUUCUCAUGUCCUACGGCUACGAAAUCCCUAUGCCUCCAGUCCUCAGUGAGACUUACAACUUUGUUCUAAUUCUGUUUCUUCUGACAUCGAUAAUUAUGGGACAAGGCAUCACAAGGCCACACAGGCGAUGGACGGACAGUGGCUCGGCUGGAGAAGGGUCCUGAGCGUGAGCCCCCACUGAGGAACGAGUGCAUCCGGGUGGACAAGGCUUACAUCACUUGUUCAGACAGUAUACGUUCUCCAACAGUAUCGCGUGGAUUCCUUUCCUGGUCCGUGGACAGGAGCUGCCGUCCCUGUGGCUACCCAGUCAUGUCUUUUGUGAACGGGUCUCAGCACCGUCUGCUGGCCUCAUGUUGGCUCAGUUCCAGGAGAGGACAGCCACAUGGGAAGUCUGGAGCCUGCGUGGCUGAGUGGAAAGAAUGUGUGCUCUGUCCACGUUCCCACACUGGGCUACACUUCUCUCUACUCGUCCCCCAUCAAUCACUUCCAAGAUCAGCGAUAGUGUCCUAGUUCCUCUUGACAUGCGUGAUUUUAGAUUUUGAUGUUUGUUUUCUUCCCCUUCAAACCUGCAAGUGAGUUUUCCUCCUCUCCCCAGUUGAGUGGUGCAAAGUUGGAGAGCAAACAGAAUUUUCAACUUCUCAUGUGGAUUUCACACUGCAGAAAUUGCCAAAAACCUGUCGUAUUACUUUAGGAAUCAUUAAAGAAAGCACUAGCAUGUUAAUAACGUGUUAGGAUUAUUGCUGAUGUUACCAGGCAGAAACUACUUAAAACCUCUGUUAGGAACUUAGGUUUUCAGCUGAUCAUGUUUAUUCAAAGUUUAACAUACUCCAUGCAAGUGGACUUUUAGACAGCGCUUGAUGGUGUGGGCAUGUAUGUUGGAGGAUGUAGUAAUUUAAAGCACUUUUACACAUUAUGUGGAUACACACUUAUGUACAGAGUUGUUCAGUCUGUACAAUGUUCGCAGCAAAUGAAGGAUACAUAUACCUCUAGAAAUAAAAUGAGCUGUCACAUAUUUGCCUCAAAAUAAGUUAAAUCACCAUUACAAAUCAGGGUAUUUGAAAAUCAGGUUUAGUCAUAAUAACGGUGAUUCUUAGAUUUCAGACCACUCGCCAUCUGAAAGUUUUGCUUGGGAUGUACGGCAGGAAAUUUGAAUUCUUUUGUUCAGGGAACACCAAGCAGGCCUUCUUUACGACCUGGUUUUGUGUUUGUUGGUUUUACAAAGCUGUACGAGCCCACUUGUUUUCAAAGAAUCUCAGUGGUAUUACGUACCAUAAGGUUUGUAUGUCCAAACCUUCCUGGAUGUUGAAGGUUUCAACAAAUUCUUCCGCAACAAAAUCACUACAUUCGUAGCAUUUCAUAGACAUGCCAAGCUCAGCAAACAGUAACGUGUAGACAGGCAUCGUUUUCCAAGGUCAGUGACGCUGUGUGAGAACCAGAAUCCCACCCUACGUCGUGAAGGAUUCGAGAAGGGAAACAGACAUUAGGUUGCCCUGAAGGACACACAGAGGAGAGCAAAGAUGUGGGUCUGGUGUCAGGUGUGCCUCUGAAGAAUGCCAUCUGCUAAAGGAUUCUGAGAACCUUGUUCUAAUGCCCAUGCAAACUUAAAAUAAAACUCUCCUUGAAAGAA